AUGGGAUCUUUUUGUUCAAGAAAUCAAAAGGAGCAAUGCUUCUAAUAUCCACCUGAACCCUCUUUUAGAGAUGUAAAAUCAUACUAGGCUAAAAAGAAGUUUGAUCACAGGGUGAAACUAGAAAAUCAGACUGAUAAAAAUAAAGGAGAAGAAAAAUAAUUUUCUCCUUAAUAAGACUAAAAUAAUCAUGAUGAUAGUAGUUACGAAUGCUAUAAAAAUCUCAGAAAUGACCGAAAGAAACUAAGAUUAGGCUAUCAUAAGUAUUUCGAAGAUUUAAGAGAUAAAUUGAGGGAAAGUUUAUAGGAUCUUCAUAUUGAUGGCAAUGGAAGCAUAGCUCAAAAGACAACUCCAUCCAGUGUAAAUAGAAAAGAAUUAAAGGAAGGAUUUGAUGACGAUCAUAUUGAGCAUGAACACCGAGACGAUGAUUUAUUCAAGGAUAAUACGGUUAGAAACAGCAUUUGGGAUGAUCAUGAUACUCAAUCAAUUAUGUAUGGACUCAAAUCAAGGUUACUCAUGGACUAAUAAUUUACACCUACAAGUGAUAAGGAAAAAUAUACUGGUGAAAUGCCAAGUAGGAUUUUAUAAGAAUUGCAAAUAUUAAUCAGUCAAAUGGAGGACUAUGAGGAUUUCAAUGAGAAGGAUGAUUAUCAGCAUGAAAUUCAAGUUUUAAUUUAAGAAAUUGAUAAGCACUUCUUCAUAAAUAAAUCUCAUGUACUGACCACACUUCCAGAAGUUGCCACAGAAAACACAAUUUUACCAACUUAACCUGAGUCAAGAAUUUCACAACUACCAUUUAAAAAGAGUGAUUAGUUCUACAGAACCAGCGAAAAACGUAAAUCAGUAUAAAUCCAAAGUUUAUAACCUAAAUAGGUAACAAUAAUGAACAAUAGCAAUAAAACUUUUACGAAAAAGAAGUAAUUAGAUAAAUUUAGUACAAAUAAGAGUUUACAUUCUGCAGAUAAAAGUUAAUCAAAAUAAAGCAUGAGAUCUAAUGACGCAGAAUCAGCUCUGUCAAUAUCUAUUAAAUCUUUCAAAAUUAGCAAGGAGUCUGAAUUUUUUGCAUUCCUUGAAAAUAUCUACCUAUAAUAUCAAAUCGAAAAAUAAAGUUCAAUUCAAGAAUAAAACCUUGAAGUAGGCAUAUUUGAAUCAAAAAUAUUUAGAUAACCUUAAAAUAAUAAGGUAUUAAUCUAGAGAUCUCUUAUACUUUUCUAUAACUAGAUAUAAUGUCAUAAUUAUCCAAGAUUAGAGUACCAAAGUCCACUAUUCACAAUCCCAAUCGAUAAUAUAAAGUCAAUCGAGAUGAUACCUUCAAAUACGAAUAAAAUUUCUAAGUCAGUGUAAAAGAAAUUUGAAACUCUAUUUAAGUAAUAUAAAACGAAAAGUGCAAGUUAAAACUAAAACGAUAAAACUCAAUAACACUUCUUCUUCAAAAUAGUUCUAGAUAUUCCACUUAAAGAUUAUAAUAAAGUUCAUAUAAUUAAGAAAAAUGCAAUAUCUGAUAGAAUUGUUAAUGAAACAGCUGACCCAUUUAAAGAUUGCAUAAUGGAAGGAAUUUCAAAAGAGCCAAACCUAAACGAAAAUUCAGACUAUUUUGAUACAAUUAUUCUAAACAAUGAUGAUGAUUAGAAAUCUAACAUGUUUGAUGAUGAGGAAUCAAAUCUAACUCAAUUUAGAAUGUCCCAUAGCAUAAGAUAGUUACAAUAAAAAGCAAAAGGUUUCAACUCGUAGAAAACUGAUUAUUAUGAGGUAUUUGAGAUCGGCUGUUCUGAUGAAGUUACCUGCAAAAAAUGGGUCCUUACUAUAAAAUGGCUCAUUAAGAGGCAUCUCAAUUCUAUAAAUUGA